AUGGACAAGUUGCUCUCUGCAAACCAAGCGGGCUGGCUUGAGCGCUCCUUCGUGGUCGAAUCGGCAGGCGAGGAGGUAGACUUUUUCGCCCUGAGCAGCGCCGGCGGGCAGCCAGCCACCCGCGCGCGGCCCCGGUGCUUUCUGCCUCCUCUAGGCAGAUGCUAUUCCUUCGGCAUCCCCUUGGCGCCAACCCCGCGGGAGCGCGUCCGGGCGGCCCGGCUGCAGAGCACUUUGCAGCGCCGACUCGAGCAGGCGCCUUGGGGCGCUCGGGGCAGAGUCCUGCCGCUCCUCUCCUACAGCCCUGGCGGCGCGGCGCUGGAGAAGGGCUUCUUGGUUCAGGACGAGCAGGGCCUGCCGGAGACGCGGGCCUUUUUGGAAGAGCUCUUGGGAGUCCUGCUCCCAGCGCCGGCCCGCCUUGCUGUGUACGAGCAAGCCGAGAGCGGCAAGCUCUGCUGCGCCUUGUGGGGUCUUAAGGGGGCAGGAAAGGAGAAAGAGCUGCUGGGCAGAGGUAAUGUGGUGGCCGCGGAAGAACCGGAAUUCCACCCUGCCGUUCCUCACCUUCUCGGCAACACCGUCUUCAGGUCCCGGGAAGCUGCCCGACAAGUGCUGGAGGAAUGCACUUCAAUAAUUCCUGAAUCUAGACUGAUUCUAGAACUUGUGGAUAAGUGUCCUAAACAUCCCAAGAAAGGAAAUUUUCCUGUAAUAGUUAUUGAAGGACUAGAUGCAACAGGCAAAACAACAGUGACUCGUUUUUUGAAAGACUCAUUGAACGCUGUGCUCUUGAGGACUCCUCCAUCUUGUGUUAGCCAGUGGCGGAAGAUUUUUGAUGAUGAACCACCACUCAUACGGAGAGCAUUCUAUGCACUGACUAACUACAUUGUGGCUUCCGAAAUAGCUGAAGAAUCCUCUAAGUCACCGGUGAUUCUAGACAGAUACUGGCACAGCACUGCAGCAUACGCAGUAGCAACUGAAAUAACUGGGGACGUGCAGAAUCUUCCUCCACCUAAGCACCUGGUGUAUCACUGGCCUGAUGAUCUUCUGAGUCCAGACAUUGUCUUGCUGUUGACUGUUAGUCCUGAAGAAAGAGUCCGGAGGCUACAGGGACGUGGGAUCGAGAAAACAAGAGAAGAGGUUGAUUUGGAAGUGAAUGAUGUCUUCCGUCAAAAAGUUGAAGAGUCUUACAGAAGAAUGGAAAAUCCAGCAUGUCAAAUCCUUGAUGCCAAUCCUUCUGAAGAAGAUGUUGCCAAAGCUGCUCUACACUUGAUUAAAAAUCAGUGCCAUUUCCCAUAACUGUUUGUGUAUGUACUAUUGUCAUUUUGGAAUCAAAAUUUCCCAUGGAAAACACGUAGGUGUUAAUAGUUUCUGAACAAGUGAGAAGCAUAAGGCAUAUGCAAAACAAUAGACCUUCAUGUGGACAAGCUAAUUUUUAAAAUAUGUAACCCUACUGAAAUGCAUUACAGCUAAAGGAAUGCAAUUGUUACUCUCCAUAACUAAAAACAAAAUAUGUAUAUGCACGUUCAUGAUAUAAACUUGAUUGUAUUGACACUAAUUUUGUAUAGAUUUUCCAAAACAUUCUGCUCCUUGUUCUCGGUCUGAAUUAACUUCAUGACAGUAUCACAUAGACAAAUUAUAGUAUGUCUUUAAUGAGGUGGGCUUAUCAAAAGGUAGAAUAAUUAAGGACUUUAACAUGAAUUACUAUAGUCACUGGAGAUAAAAUUCUGAAUUGAAGUGAAAAAUAAAUGGUAUCCAGGUG